CCGUUACACUGCACCUACUUCUGAGUUUGGUGUCAUCAAAGAUGGCGAUUUGCUGAGUGGUCAUGGACACAUCUCAUGGUCAUGGAUAAAUAUUAUCUUGCUUGAACUUGUGGUUAUAUUUGGGGUUUAAUGUAAUUUCUGUUUUACUUUUGAAUAUUUUAAAACACAGCUGUAAUUGAAGCGCAAGGGGGAAACAGGGUUAGCUACCGCAACAAUGCAAAUCACGUUAAAAACACUGCAACAGCAGACCAUUCAAAUUGACAUAGACCCAGAUCAAACGGUGAAGGCACUGAAGGAGAAGAUAGAAGCAGAGAGGGGAAAAGAUAACUUCCCAGUGUCUGGACAGAAGCUCAUAUAUGCUGGCAAAAUCCUGCAAGAUGAUACACCUAUUAAAGACUACAAAAUUGACGAGAAGAAUUUUGUUGUAGUUAUGGUAUCUAAGGCAAAGUCUGCCACAGCUGCUUCAACACCUUCCUCAGAGGCACCCAAGGCUCCUGUCCAGGACUCUGGGUCCUCGUCGUCUGCGGGCCCGGCCCCUGCAGCCAUCCCUAUCCCCCCAGAGGAGCCCACACCUACAGUCGCAGAGCCCCCAGCUCCAGCCAGCUCAGACCUCAGUGUGGAGGUUCAGGGGGGAGAUGCCUCCUCUGCCUUGGUGACAGGAGCGGAGUAUGAGACCAUGCUGACAGAGAUCAUGUCUAUGGGUUAUGAGAGGGAGAGCGUGGUAGCUGCUCUCCGGGCCAGCUUCAACAACCCCCAUCGGGCCGUGGAGUACCUCCUCACUGGCAUUCCUAGCAGUCCGGUCCAAGAGACUAAUCCCCCAGCACAGCUUCCUGCAUCUGCCCGCACAGGCACAGAGACCCCUACUGUUGCUGAGGGAGAAAACCCUCUGGAGUUCCUGCGUUCCCAGCCUCAGUUCCAGAGCAUGAGGCAGGUGAUCCAACAGAACCCCUCACUGCUGCCAGCUCUGCUCCAACAGCUGGGCCGGGAGAACCCACAGCUCCUACAGCAAAUCAGCCAGUACCAGGAGCUGUUCAUCCAGAUGCUGAAUGAGCCGGCGGGGGAGGUUGGAGACGUGCCUGAGGUGGGGGACCUGGGUGCUGCAGUGGAGGAGGGAGCUCCAGUCAACUACAUUCAGGUCACACCUCAGGAGAAAGAAGCCAUCGAGAGGUUAAAAGCGUUGGGUUUCCCCGAGGCGCUGGUGAUCCAGGCCUACUUUGCCUGUGAAAAGAACGAGAACCUAGCGGCCAACUUCCUCCUGAACCAGGGCUUUGAGGAUGAAUGAGAGGCGCUGGCCUGCCCUCCUCUCCAGCCCAGCACAAGGACUGCACCCCACUGUAGAGCAACGAUCUUCAGGUCAUUUCAGAGGGAGGGGGGGGUCUUACAAGCUACACAAAGUAUAUGUUGAUCUAAGGGUGAAAGAGGAAUAAUGAGAUCCACUUGAAUUCCAAUGGAAUGUGUGGGAUUUGUUUAGGGCAGAUAGAUGUAUAUUGAGAUUUUAGAAGAGCUUUGGGAAUGGGAAGGAGGGGGCUGAAGGCUUUGCGGAGUGUGUGCGUGUGUACAUGUCUGUGUGUGUGUGUGUGUGUACAGGUGGAUGCCAUUCAAUUAAGGUGCAAAGUCAUUGAUAUGCAUAUCUAAGCUUGUUAAUGCUGUAGGUGGUUGUAAUGGAAGCGCAUUCUCCUUGAUGCACUUCUACAAUGUUGGUGUAUUGAGGCAAGAGGGGAAAGGGAAACUAAACUGACGGUCAUGAAGAGUCCGCUUGUGGUCUGUUCACUUGAUUGCACCAGUCCCUCACAUUUCCUUUGCCAUUCAAAAACCAACCACAUAGCAAAACACAUCUCAUCCCAUGGUAUUGUCAUAUAGGCAAGUACAUUUCACCAGUGGCCAGGUUAAGUUAUAUAUGGGGUCCCCUCACUACACCUCAUAGCUAGCGCUUUUAGUUUUCACUCAGAUAUCCAUGAUCUCUCUGGGUGUGGAAAUGCUCAACAUCCUGAGUAAAUCGAGCGGUAUAGAACAACCAAAAUGACUAUUGGAUGUGUGUAUGCUCACAGAACCGUACAGGUACAUUACUGUGUGGAUAUGUGUCUGAAAAUUAGGUUUUGCUGAAAGGUGCACAGUCCUCUCUAGUGUUACGUCUCUGAUGAGCUGACCAACGCUGACCUUACCUUUACAUAUAAUCCUCUGAAGAGGGGAAGAGAGAGCUGGCAGGGACCAGUCCUGGGAUGCUGGAGUUACUCAAUUACCUCUUUCCCAAGGCUGAGGAGUAGACACACCACCUUUCUCAUAGGAUCUGAUUAAUAGUACACACGAAGGGCAGCUCAAAUACAACGGGACCAGCUGGUCAUGAGACACUAAGGGCUGGAUUCAGCCCGUAUCGUGUAAAAAUGUAAGGGUAAUUCCCCGUUGAGCAGACAUAUGCAGCAUUUACCAUGAAUGCAGUCUUGGCGACUGCGGGAACAUUGCCUUUAAAUUGUCAAUAGCGCUAUAAAGCGGAUAUUCAGCACUACGGAUUGAAUAGAGCCCAAAAUGUCCAGUAAGAACAAGGGUCCACAUGAAGGUUGUCCGUAUAAAGUCUUUAUUAAACCAGGACCCAGUCAUAGCCAAUCAUUGUCAUCAUCCACAGCCUGAAUGAGCCUAUUCAGACUAUUCAACAGUCUUUAGUGAUGAGGUGAAUCUGAAGUUUAAACUGGCUAUCGCCUAGCUUUAACCAACUGUUUCCAACUGAGAUAGUAAAACAUGAGGCUUAGACCAGCAGAUCUCCCUUCCCAACUAGGUUGUAUGUAAUGAGUAAUGAUUUGUCUGUUUUCUCGGCAUCUGUCAUUUUGUCUUUGAUUGACAUGCUUCACCUAUAUUUCAGGAUGACAUUUUAAAAGUUCUUUUAAAAGUUUACAAUAAGGAUUCUCAGUGUUUUAAGAUGUUGCUAUUGUGGGUUUUCUGAGGGAACGGAGGGUACCAAGAAAUGUGUGGUUUUAUCAAGGUAUGUUUUCUCUUUAACUUAACAUGGCAGGAGUUGAAUGGGUCUGUGAAGAGACAAGCUUUUAUGAGUUUGGAUUGAACAGAUGCAUUCAAAUGUAUUGACUCCCUUGCACAGCAUUCCCUGUUUUCUCUUUUCAAAACUGGUUGAAUGGCUAUUUUUACCCUGCAGGCACCUUCAACUUGCCACAAGUAAGAUCAAUUACACUCAAACCAAAUUCAUUGUGCAUUUAGUUCAGGCCAUUUUUGACUUAAGUGAAAAAUGUCAGUUUUGAUUUAUUUAUUGGACCUUUGAAACAAAUACACAUGUGAACACAAAGUUUUCAAUCUCAACCUAUUUUAAAGGAAUAGUGAAUAGUGAUCAUGACAAUAUGUUUGACUGCAUCUGUUUUUGUGAACAUGGCUUUCACUGACACUGGCAUUUUACAGCAUCAACAUGGUCUGCUACAAUGCUCAGCUUCAUUAAACAUCAAUAUAUCAUG